CAGCAGCUGAAAGGAACCAUGAUCCGUGCCUGCAUUGUUCUGGCUCUCGCCACCAGUGCCUUCGCCGGCUACGUCGGUGGUUACGCUGGCGGCCUAGGCUACGGCCUUGGUGGCUACGGCCUCGGCGGCUAUGGCCUGAGCUCCUACGGCCUUUCCCACGGUGUUGGCUACUCCGGUCUCGGUCUCGGCUACACCUACGCCCCAGCUGCCAGCUACGCCGUCGCUGCUCCAGCUGUUGCCCGCACUGUCGCCACCUACCACGCUGCUCCAGCUGUGACCGCCGUCCACGCCGCCCCAGCCGUGGCUACCGUCGCUCACGCUGCCCCAGUCGCCACCUACGCCGCUGCCCCAGCUGUGACCCGCGUUGCCACCUACCACGCUGCUCCAGUUGCCACCGCCGUCGCUGCCCCAGUUGCCACCUACGCUGCUGCCCCAGCCGUGACCCGCGUGGCCACUGUUGCCCACGCUGCCCCAGUUGCCUCCUAUGCUGUUGCUCCAGCCGUGACCCGCGUCGCCACUGUUGCCCACGCUGCCCCAGUUGCCUCCUACGCUGUUGCUCCAGCUGUGACCCGCGUCGCCACUGUUGCCCACGCUGCCCCAGUUGCCUCCUACGCUGUUGCUCCAGCCGUGACCCGCGUCGCCACUGUUGCCCACGCUGCCCCAGUUGCCUCCUACGCUGUUGCUCCAGCUGUGACCCGCGUCGCCACUGUUGCCCACGCCGCCCCAGUCGCCACCUACGCCGCUGCUCCAGCUGUCGCCACUGUGGCUCACGCCCCAGUCGCCACUUACGCCGCUGCCCCAGCUGUCGCUGCCGUCCACGCUGCCCCAGCUGUUGCCACCACCACUGUCCACCAUGCCCCAGCUGUCGCCACCGUUGCCCACGCUGUCCCAGCUGUCGCCGCCUACCACGCCGCUCCAGCUUACUACGGCUACGGUGUUGGAUCCCUCGGCUACGGUGUUGGCAGCUACGGUUACGGCCACGGUCUCCUCGGCUACGGCCUGAACUACGGCUACGGUCUUGGCUCUCCCUUCGACUACACCACCCUCCUCCGCAGGAAGAAGUAAAUUCCUUACUUAGGAACUGCUGCUUUCAUCCUGUCAAGACUGUAAAUUCAACAAAUUUAGGCAAUUCCUCAUCAUCUGCGUCGUUACCGCGGCACAAACGAUGGGCUUUAAUAAAAUUUAGUAUUUUUUUCUUUUCUAC